UGCCUUGGUACUUGCGUUACACUUGUUAUGUCCGCAUCGCAGCUCAUACACAUCGGUAGCUGGUGGGCAACGUGGAGCGCAUUGCCAUGUUUCGACUUAAUCAUCACGUGCGCAUUCUGCGUCGAGACCGUAUUUAUCGGUCUGGUGUUCAUUACUCGGCGGUCGCGCAGGCAAGGUGCGCCAGCAAUUGCCUGCACUGUACAUGGAAUCGUCGCGAUCGCCCUUGUAGGUGACCUACUUGACUGCACCACCGCGGAACGCAUGGAACAGCUCAAGACGUCUCAGAGUGUGCUUCCAAUUCCCCCUGUAAACAACAGAGUGAUGCUUCUCACCUGCGGCAUGUGUCUAGCUUUGGGAAGCUUUUUGACAGCUGGCUUUGCCGAUAGGCCUAUGGUCAGGCACAAGCAUGAGCCAAAAAAGCGAGACGACUUCGAUGAUUGUUGUCCGUUUUCAAGGAUGUUCGUCACAAUUGUCUACAAACAUAUCAGGAGCACGAUGAUCAAAUCAAAGUUCAUGGUGGAGAACAUGCCAAGAUUGACGUGGCGUCUCCGGUGCUACCCGAACAAUGAGUGUGAGUCACAAGAUUUUGUGAAGAAGAAUCAACGGGUGAACAGCCCCUAUCGUUUCCUCUGGCUGGUUCUUCGUCACAGCUGGCAAGAGCAAGUGUGGUCGUGUGCCGUUGCGGUGAUGUACUACUCGUCUAUCUUGCUACGGAUUCCGCUUUUUCAUGGCCUGCUGGCUGGUGGUAGCACCGACAUGUCCUUCAACAAGGCCGUGCUGUUGCUGGUAGUUUCAUGUGCCACGGAGGGCCUCGUCUGCAGCCUCUGCGUCAGCCUGUCCAUCCGUUGUCAGAUCAGAGCUCAGCUAUUGCUGCAGACGGCUGUAUUCAAGAAGGUGACCUGCCUUUCUGCAGCUGCCGUGGCCGCCAACCCAUCCGGCUAUGUGUCGUCUCUACUGGUCGCUGACCUCUGGCUGUUGGGUCUCUUCACAAGUUUCCUGGCGAACGCCUUCGUAGGCCUUCUAUGCAUUCCGCUAGUUUUGGCAGCUCUGGCGUACGAGUUUGGCUACGAACCAGCUUGCGCCUGUCUCGUUUGGAUACUGCUAGUUGCCGCGGCAUGCGCGGUCAUGGAGCCACUCCUUUACAAGAGUUGUAAGGUACUUUACAGAUUUCGAGACGAACGCCUCAAGAAGUUCACCGACUUUCUGCUCUCUAUACGGCCGAUCAAAAUGUCUGCACUAGAAGAUGUAUUUCAGAAGAGCCUUCUUCAUCUCCGAAAGAAGGAAAUUGACCAGGCGUACCGUGUCAACGUACUAGAGAUGCUCCUGGAAACACUAUUUAGUGCAUCGAGCCCGAUGAUGAUAAUAAUCGCAUUUGGGACUGCGUCAUUCAUAAAUCCAAAUGCCAUUUUCAGCCCCGCUGCCAUGUUUUCAUGCGUUUAUAUGCUCACAAUUAUGGACACUUUAUCAACAGGUGCUCCACACGUUCUCAGGCUGAAGAGUUCGGUGUACCGCAGCUGCAAGAGGGUGAUGUCUUUUUUCAAAGAGGAAGAGUACAGUAAGGAAGAAGCCGAAAGUAGACAUGCUCCUAACAUUCCAGUGGGUGAGGUCGCAUUGAAAGACUGCUCUUUCGCUUGGUGCAAGAGGAAUGACAUUGUGGACAGUCCUGCCUUGGACGGUGUGAACUUGCUGGUUGAGAGUGGCUCGCUUGUUGGCGUCGUGGGCACAGUGGGCAGCGGCAAGUCAUCUCUCCUGUCGGCCAUCGUCGGUGAGAUGAGGCAUCUCAGCGGCUCUGUCUCCCUCAACGGCUCAAUUGCUAUUGUAUCUCAAGCGCCUCAAAUACUAAACAUGAGCCUACGAGACAACAUAACAUUCGGUAGGAAGUUUGAUCAGCUGUACUAUGGCAAAGUUGUAGAAGCUUGUCAACUGUCGCGUGACAUUAACAGGAUGGCGGCGGGUGACUUCACUGAAGCUGGCGACAAGGGCGAAAUGUUGAGCGGUGGCCAGAAGCAGCGGGUGGCACUAGCGCGUGCUGUCUACUCGCGCAGCGACAUUUAUCUGUUGGACGAUCCGACCAGCUCUCAGGAUGCUCGCGUGACGAAAGAAAUCAUGCGGCGAGUACUGGGACACGAUGGAAUCCUGGGUAACAAGACACGAGUCCUGGCGACGAAUAACUCAAGAAUGCAUUUGUCUCCAAAUCAAUGGGUGUUGAUGCACGGAAAGAGAGGAUUCACGUUUCGUGAUUUGAAAGACCUUAAAAACCACCCUGAUGCGCCAGUGGAAUUGUUUGAAAAACCGACGUCGAAGCGCCUGCCGGAAAGUGCAAGCAGCAUGAAGAAGGGCAUGCACCUGCAACAGACUGAACACCUCGCAGCCAAGGAAGAACAAAUGUGA